AUGGAGCAAUUUUUCAUGCCAUCGAACCCGAAAAGCAGCAGAAGCAAUGUGAGAAAAGCAUGGCGAAAAAAGGCGUUGUUGACAUCAAGCAUGAAACAAUACAUCACGAUCAAUAAAAAAGUGAAUGCUCUAUCUACAUACAGACAUUCACGUGACAUGAAAGAUCCCGAACAGCAAGCUAAAAAUUACACACAAUCAGUGUGCUGUGAACAUAAAAUAGAAUCCAUCACGGGCCUAUCUCAUUCGAGUGUCUCGUUCAUGGUAAAAGCUCUUGCUUUACGAUGUCUUGUUUCAUUAAUCAACGUGAGAGCUUUAUACGUAUCGAUAGUGGAUCUUAUUGAAAAGAGAAAAGAAUAA